AUGCCCGUCCCUGUACCCCCUCGCAUCCCCCACAAGCCGUCCCGGCCAUUCGUGUCAGCUUCCUAUCGGCCACCCGAAGAGGCCCACGACGGCCUUUUUCGACUCGUUCUCAUCACCAGCGGCAGCGUCGCCAGCAUCAAAGUUCCGGACAUUGUAGCGGCUUUGGCCAAGAACCGCGAUAUCGAUGUCCAGAUCGUCGCCACCAAAGCGUCUACUUAUUUUUAUAGCCAAAAUGACAUAGAUAGCUCCGUGAGAAAGUCGCUUCAACUCUCGGAUUCAACGACCAGUGAUGUAGGAUAUAAAGUAUGGACAGACACGGACGAGUGGUCAGAUUGGAGGAAAGUAGGAGACCCUAUACUGCAUAUAGAGCUGCGACGGUGGGCAGAUCUGGUUGUCGUGGCGCCUUGCUCGGCCGACCUUCUUGCCAAAGUUGCUGGCGGUCUUUGCGACAACUUGGCCACGUCGCUGAUGCGCGCACUUUCUCCCUCCACACCGGUGGUGCUGUGCCCCGCCAUGAACACGCACAUGUACCAGCAUCGCCUGACAGCCAAGCAUCUUACUAUAGUCCAGGAUGAGCUGGGCUAUCUUGUAUCAGGUCCUCAAGGAGGUGGCCGUCUGGCUUGCGGAGAUGAUGGUCCUGGAAAGAUGACAGACUGGCGGGACAUCGUCUCCGUCAUUGAAGGUUUCGCGCACAUGUUCCACAACAAACAAGCGCCUUAUCAACCCACAUCUGUCGAAGGAGUCUCCCCAGCCUUGUCCUCAAACCCGUCGAAUCCUCUUCCUCGGCAAAACCCUCCCACACCAAACCGAUCCCCUUCCGCUUUGCGGUCAACGAAUCCUUUGCCAGACACCGAGCGGGAGAAGGACACUGGGUGCAAGCCAGGAGAAUCAGCUGGUGUAAAGGAUUGGAGGGCGUUGUGUGGGCCUGAAGGAGGAGAUGGGCGGGCAUGGCAGAAAAAAUACUGGAUGGGAUGA